GAUGAAACCUCUGCGCUGCUGCCAGCGCUUGAGCCAGUCCAGUCAGUCUCCAGUCCCUGGUGGAGUGACUCCCCUGUCAUUAUUAUCUUCAGGGUUUUUGGAGGGCCCUCUCGGUGAUGCUAGAACCGUUUCACGAUCGAUCAUGAUGGAGAGCUUUGUUCAGGCCCAGAACCCGCCGGCUGGCUUCAACGCCUAUAUAGAACGGCCUCUCGUCGCCCUCAUUCUGCUCUUGUUUUCUUUCCUUCAGCACACAGGCUUGUCUAAGUUUCAAUUCAUCCUUUCUCUUUCCCACAUUCUCUUUCCCCGGUCUGUGACCGUCACAUUCUUUCCAACCAAAACUCAUCAACUUCCAUUCCUUGAAGAAUAACCAUCUGGUAUACCGGUAUACCAGACUCUUUCACUAUCUUUCUAUUCUCCUAGAAAAAAACCUUUCCAAUCCACCAAAAUGAAGCAGGCUGGUUCCAUCCUCGCCCUCGCCGGGCUCGUCUCCCUGGCCCAGGGUCACGGUUUCGUCACCUCCCCCCAGGCUCGUAUGCCCGGUAGCGCCAUGGAGAAGGCCUGUGGCCAGCAGGUGUACAACAACCAGGAGGCCGACAACUACGGCAACGUCCAGGGUGAACUUCAGAUCGCCUCCGGCCAAAGCGACUACAACGCCGAUGCCUGUGACAUCUGGCUCUGCAAGGGUUACAAGUACGCCGACAACAAGGACAACGUCUACUCGUACACGGCCGGUGAGACCGUCGACUUCACCGUCGACAUCCGCGCUCCUCACACCGGUACCGCCAACGUCUCCGUCGUUGACACUGCCUCCAACACCGUCAUCGGCUCUCCCCUGAUCUACUGGAGCGUCUACGCCUCCACCUCUACCGGUGUCACCAAGAACGAGACCAGCUUCAGCGUCACCAUCCCCGAUGACCUCGGUGACAAGUGUACCGAGGGCGGUGCCUGUGUCCUCCAGUGGUGGUGGAACGCUGCUUCCAUUGACCAGACUUACGAGUCUUGCAUUGACUUCACUGUCGGCGGUUCUGGCUCUUCUUCGUCUUCUUCUUCCUCUUCUUCUUCUUCUUCCUCCGUCGCUGCCAGCCAGCCUACCACCACUGCUGCUGCCGCCGCUGUCACUACCCCUAGCACCGCCAACAACGUCGCUCCCGCUUCCUCCAGCGUCCCUACUACCCUCGCUACUAGCGUGAAGCAGAGCGCUACCGUCGCUCCCGUUGCUGCCUCCAGCGCUGCUGCUGCCGCCUCCUCCGGCGUCUCCAUCCCCACUGAUGGUACCGCUGAGGAGCAGCUCACCUGGGUUGCUAGCCUGCUUAAGGCUCUCCUCAAGUACGCCAACUAAGGUGGUGCGGUGUGUAUAGUACUUAGUUGCUGUUAGAUAGAAGUGGUG